CAAAAUACCUCUUGCAAGCUCUCACUUUCCAAUAGCGGGGCAGAACUACCACACGCAAGCACAUGCCCCGCACUGCACCUGUAGUCUCUGCCCGGAUUGUCGCUUGCCACGGUAAGCCAAUCUUCUCUGUUGCUAUUCGAUUGGUUCUGGUCAAUCGUAGCUAUCGGGCAAUGCGAUGCUCUCCGUGCCGCAAUUCUCCACCCCGGACUUGUGUGCUGCUUCGUAUUUAAGAUGGGUUAAUCCGAAGCGGUUUAGUACAAUUAGACGGCCGCUUGGUGCAACGGCUGAGGUAACACCCCACUACACGGUUGUUUCUUGGCUAGAUACUGGCGUACGUGGAGAUACUUGGUCACCCAUAGACGUGGAAUGGUUAACUCUAGAUCAGCCUGGUGCGUACUGGUUGGUACCAGACAAAAGGUCCGUCACCUUGGCUUACUCCUCAACAGCUUUGGAGUCCAACCGACUAACGCUAGUUACAGGAUAUAUUUCCGCUCUACUGAUAUAGUAAAACUCGGACAUCGAUGGGACAUGAAGCAGCUAGACUAGCCAAUCACGGUGCACCGCAGUGAAGGCUAGGUGGUGAGCGUAUUUUCCUCUUAUGCGGCACCACCUCAAGUGAACAGUCU